CGGCCGGCUCCUCCUCCCCCCCUCCCCCGCCGCCGCCGCCGCCCCCGACGACGACCCCGACCCCGAAUCGCGGCCGCCGCGCGUCGGAUCACGCCCGUCCCGCAGCCCCGGCCGCAUCCCCGCGCCCUCCGAGCAGCUCCCGCCGCCCCCGGAGGGGAGCGCCAGGAUCGCGCGGCCGGGGGCGGCAAGGCGGAGGAGGCCGAAGCGGCGGGGCGGCGGCCGUGGAAUCUGAGGCCGAGGCGGGCGGCGAAUCCUCCGCCGCCGCCGCUCCCGUGGAGGAACGGCGAGUCGUUUCCCGACGCCGCGUACGGUGCGUUCGGCGGGGACAAGGAGAAUUACGCGCAGCCGCCGCAGCCGAAAUCCGUGCGGUUACGGGGCUUCGCGGAGGAGGGAGAGAGGAAGGAGAAGAGGAAGUUCUGGAUAUCGCUGUCGAAGGAGGAGAUCGAGGAGGACAUAUUCAUCAUGACGGGGUCGAGGCCUGCCCGGAGGCCUAGGAAGAGGCCCAAGAACGAGCAGAAGCAGCUCGAUAUUGUUUUUCCUGGUUUAUGGUUGGUGGGGCUCACAGCAGAUGCUUACCGUGUGGCCGAAGCUCCGGCCAAGAGAUAGUCUGCGCUGAGGGAGAAUAUCUUGCCCAUUUCCUGAGCUGGAGGUCUCUCUUUCUCGCUCUCAACCAAAUUGGCAUGCUCUGGAGUUCUUGGCGUCUUUACCCCGAGAGCUUUGAUAUUGAAGGCGUAUAUUGCAGAGAUAGAAGGUGUUCCAGAGCCAGAAGUCGUGAUGCUUGAAAGCCUGUGUGGAGGUUCAUAAGCAUCGGGCGCUUUCACACAUCAACUAGAGGUAAAAUUUGGUUAAUGGGUACAGGAAAGGGAAAAGUAUCAGAUUAGGAAAAGGGACGAAGUUAUUGUUCAAUUUUUUUUGUUUGUCCAUCUAAAUUUACUUUCCCUACUAGGUGUUUUCUGGGUAAAGAAGUUUGGUUUAUUAAUGUUCAGCGAUUGCAAGUAGCACAUGCAAAUGUGAAAAUAGGGGCUGCGGAUGAAUCAGCAGAGCAUAUAUCGGGUAAUUUAUGCUAUACUUUGUUCAUUAUGAUC